AUGUCGAGUCACAGAUGCGGACACGGGCGAGGUAGAGGCAGACUAGGCAAUGCUAUGCCUGAAGCGACAGGGAAUAUUCCUAAUCAUGUGGACUUCAUGGCUGCUCUAGGGAACAUGGCCGCGGCGAUGCAAGUGACAGUCAAAGUUCUGGGAAACCAAAUAAAUAAUGGUAACAAUGGCAACAAUGGCGAUGAUGGUCCUAUGAUGCUUUCCUCCUUCCUGAAGGUUCAUCCUCUGACCUUUAGAGGAACCUCGAACCCUUCUGAUGCGAAUAACUGGAUACAAGCCAUUGAGCGAGCAUUACAGGCUCAGCAGGUUCCUAAAGAACAAUGGGUUGAGUUUGGGACCUACCAGCUGCAAGGUGAAGCUCAGCAUUGGUGGCAGGGCAUGAGUUCAGCCAAAAAUGCUAAGGAACUUGAAUUGCUUCAGCUGAAACAAGGCCAGAUGACCAUCACUGAGUGCACUAGCAGGUUUGAGGAACUGUGCCGUUUCUCACGGAUUUGUCAGGGAGCUCCUGAGGACUUUGCUGAGUGGAAGUGUAUCAAGUAUGAGGGAGGCCUUAGGAGCGAUAUUCUAAGCUUCAUUGCACCGAUGGAGAUUCGAACCUUCUCUGAACUGGUAAACAAAACCAGAGUUACUAAAGAAUGUCUGAGAAAGGCAGCAUUAGACAAGAGUGAUCACCGAAGCUCUGUUAGGAAAGAUCACGGAAGAAAUUUAGCACCUAGAGGUCAAGAUUUCAAGCGAGGCGGUAAUACUCCACCGCAACAUCAAGGCUAG